GGUGGGUGCGGAGUCGGGCGCGGGGACGCGGGGCGGCACGAAGCAGGGCUCUCUGCCGCCCCGCGCCCCCAUGUACGCCUUUUACUCGCUACUCAUCUACAUUUUCUACAGCCUCUUCCGCCGCGAUGGAGGGGCUGCGGCAGUCGCCGACCCUGGAGACCCCGCCAAGAAAGGCUGCCGCAAACCCAGCGGCCAUCGUCGCCCACACCACCAGCUCUCGUCAGAGCUGUGGUCGGAGCUUACUGGCCUAGCUGGAUGCUCGGAGUCCCAGGAUGGGUCAGGAGGAGGAGCAGAGGGCGGCACAGCCCAGGUAUCCCUGGAAGAGGCUCUCAUGCGACUUGCUGAAUUUCUUUCCAUCCAGUUGGGGACAGAAGAGAGCUGCGGGAAUCUUCCUGACCUGAGCAAGCCUGGUGAGGUGCCCCCACUAUUGACAGUGACAAGCCAGCUGUUGGCCCUUCUGGCAUGGAUAAGGAGCCCCAGGGGGAGGCAGGCCCUCCUCCAAAGGACUCAGCCAGUGGGUUCAGUGCAGCCUCCCACUCUAGAUGGUUCUCUGUCACAAGAAGAACACUCCUCUCAUCCUGCCCCCGGCCGGGAUGAGGCACCAAGGGAGGAGACCCAGGAACAGCAGGUCUCCCAAUUGGAGGAGGAUCAGAGAGCUUGGCAAAGGCUGGAACAGUUCAUCCUUGGGCAGCUGGAAGAGCUGAGGCAGCAGCUGGAGCAGCAGGAGGAAGAACUGAGUAGACUGCGCUUGGGAGUGGGGGUGACAGAUUCAGAAAAAAGAGUUCAGCAUCUCACACUGGAGAAUGAGGCCCUGAAACAGAGCCUGAGCCUCACUCGGGACCUCCUGCUGCACUGGGGUCCGAGCCUCCCUACUAGGACCCCACAGGAAGAGGCAGAGGUACUGUUGGAGCUCCAGGGCCAGCUUCAGGAGGCCCAGGACACUACAGAAGCCCUCCGAGUCCAGCUGGGGAUGCAGGAGGUACAGCUUCAGGGCCUUCGAGGGGCCCUCCAGCAACUCCAGCAGGAGACAGAGCAGAAUUGCAGACAGGAGCUGCAGCAGGUGCAUGGACAGCUGGCAGGACUUCGAGCUCGGAUGGCCAGCUUACGUCAGGGCUGUGGGGACCUGAGAGGACUGGUCAGCACCUUUACCCGAAGUUAUCAGGGUUCGCUGAGUGAGGCCCAGGGCCAGGUAUCCUGGGUCUUGGGGACAUUGUCAGCUGGAGGGGCUGGGACUCAGCUUCCUGAGGGGCAGCAGGUACCCCCAACUGAAUGCCCAGGGCGGCUGUUGGAACUCAAGGGGAAUAUCCGUGUGCUGUGUCGGCUGAGGCCAGCUAAAGGGACACCCUCCAGCUUGGUGAGCGUGGAGCCUGGACAGGGGGGAACCAUCACUACCUGCUAUCGAGGGCGCCAGCGUCGCUUCCGCCUGGACUGGGUCUUUCCCCCUGACGCCAGCCAGGAGGAGGUCUUCAGAGAACUGGAGCCAGCUGUGCUGUCCUGCCUCCGGGGCUACAGUGUCUGCAUCUUUACCUAUGGUCAGACAGGGACCGGGAAGACCUACAGCAUGGAGGGCCCGCCUGAGGACCCUGGUAUAGCUCCUAGGGCACUGCAGACACUGUUCCGGGAGAUGGGGACUGGAGGGCAGCACCGUGUGACUCUCAGCAUGCUGGAGAUCUACAAUGAGGCGGUCAGGGACCUUCUAGCCCCAGGGCCUCCUGAGCGCCUGGUUGUGAGGCAGGGUCCUGCAGGCCAGGGGGGGAUCCAGGUGGCUGGCCUCACCCAUUGGGAUGUGCCCAACCUGGAAACCCUACACCAGAUGCUGAGCUUGGGGAGGAGAAACCGAGCCACUGCUGCCACAGUAAUGAAUCAGCACAGUUCCCGCUCACAUGCCCUAGUUACGCUAACACUGCAUGUAACCUCUCCACCAUGCACCAGGGAUACUACAGGCACGCUGCACUUGGUUGACCUGGCCGGAUCUGAGCGGGUAUGGAAGGCAGGGGUGGCCAGCAUAUCACAGGGAGACCCAAAUGGCACUAGGCGUCUGCGGGAGGCCCAGGCUAUCAACCGCUCAUUGCUGGCAUUAGGAGGAGUGAUGGCCGCUCUCCGAGCCCGCCGGUCACACAUCCCUUUCCGAGACUCACAGCUCACGCGUUUGCUGCAGCCUGCACUUGGCCCAGGAACCACUGCAGUGCUGCUCCUACAGAUCUCCACACGGCCAGAGGAUCUAGGGGAGACUGUCUGCUCACUCAAGUUUGCUGAGAGAGUGGGUCAGGUGGAGCUGGGGCCGGCCCGGCGCCACAAGGCUUCGCGCUCUGGCACCCCUUCCUCUCUCAGUACAGACACCCAGCUCACUGGGACCUCCUGCACCCCAACACCGUCUCCCUGCAGCCCUCCAAGCCCCAGUCCUGACAGCUGUUCUGCCUUGGCUCUUGCACCUCCAGGAGAGCAGCCUCUCUGAGUCCUGGAUUGAGACCCUUCCCACAGGAUCUGAGGACCUCUGCUGGCAGAGGCAGCAGUAAAAUGUCCCUAUACCCCAUCUACCAGUACAACCUUCUUUAACUCCAGGGACCCCUGGCUCCACAGGCCCAGAAUCCCAGCACCGCAGGAAGUGCUAUGCUUGUUGAAAUGAUUGCCUCUCCCAACCCCCAUUGGACCACCAGCCCUCAGCUCUCUCCUUAUCACCAUUUGCCCUUAUCACAGCACUCAGCAGGGGAUCCCAGAGCCAAAGGAACCAGACCCUGGCCAAGUGGUUUCCCAAAAUCAGACUUGGCAUUAAAAUGAUGUAUAUUUCUUUACUGUUAUCUCCCCACUUCCAUCACCCCAGAACAAUGUUAGGGUCCAGUUUUUUAUUUCCUUUCCCCAAAAGGUGCUACAUCCUUCUCAUACAGUUGAGGGAGGACAGGACUUAAGGCUGGACCCACCUUUAAGGUUCUCCCUCCCCCAGCCUGGAGCCAGGGAGGGGUGGCUACAGAUUGUGAUGGAUGGAUGAGUAGAUACAUGGGUUAGGACCUGAGACUCCAUGCCUUGUCUGUUGGUGUGGAGGAGGCAAAGCCAUGACUGACUAGGGCCAUGGUUGUGCUCAGCUGAGCCACAACUCUUUCUGUAGUAACCCAAUAAAGGUGGAUUCUCAGCAAGGCUGUGCUUGGAACUUCAAA